AUGUCUUCUGAGAACUUCCACUUUCCAAACAUACACAAUACCAUCGCCAAAAGUGUCCAGCAUGCGAUAGACUCACAUCUCAUGCCUGAACUCUGGAUAGACGCCUGUGAGAGCGAUGCCGACUGCGACCGCGAUUGCGACAGCGACAGCGACCCCGACAGCGAUGCCGAGGCCGACAGCGAUGCCGAUGCCGAUAGCGACAGCGACCCCGACAGCGACAGCGAUCAAGCGCCCUGGCAUAUUCUCGAUGUCGAGAGUUUGCUGGCCAGUCGUCCGAGCCUCGCCCAUCGGUUCGCCGCCUUGUCGACCAUCCAGCACAUCCGUCUCGGAGAAGUUGGCCGCCUGGGCUCGCAGAUGCUACACAUGUUCCGGUCGCAGCUCGUGACGGUUGACAUUGCCUGGAAGUCUGUUCAAGACUGUGCCAACGACAGCGCAGAAGAAGACUCCAGGAACCCAAUCCUUGUGUUGAAGAACUCGCAGUCAACGCUCACUUCUCUCGUUGCGCACAACGCGUUCGUACUCGUCGACGACUCGACGCGGCCCUUCCAUGAUCAAGUCUAUCCGCACGUCACCCGGCUCGUCCUCGCGGACAUCGAUACCUCACAGAUCCUCCCCCUCGUCCGCACGUUCCCGACUCUCGCCCACCUGGACUUCAACAUCUGGGCAGACGUGAUGCGCGACCUGUACGACGACCCCGAGCGCUCGUUCACUCAGCAUUGCAUCUUCAACACGAGCGAUCAAGACGCCCACGGCUCGUGGAACUCGCUCGUGCACUGUGGCGCGCCCCUCAUCGACCUGUAUACCCUCGCGCCACGCUGUCCGAUUCGCGCCUUGCACGUCAACGGACCCGCAGUGCACGCGGAGCUUCUGUCCGCGGUCCUGGCGCUCACGCGGCCGGUGCAGCUGGUGCUGGAGGAGGUCGACGGGACAAUGCUCGCGCAGGCGCUCCCGUGGUUGGCACCCUGCCGCGUCGAGAAGAUCGAGUGUCUAGAGGCGGUCAUCGUGGUGCACGGGUCAUCAGCUCUCGGACGCAGAGUCGACGCGUCUGCGAUGGUGGAGUCCCUGGGUCAUCUGUAG